UGACCAUAUGUUGCGGCUUCCAGCAGUGCACCCUCUAGUCGCCAACUCGAGGAACGCGUUGACCACUUAGUGGCAAUGCUGGGCGACAUCAGCACCUUCGCGGCGCCAACCACCAUCAGCAGCCAACUGGACACGUUGAAGACUGAGAUCCAGCAACUGCAGUCGACGAACACGGAUGGCAACAAUCCAAAGCAAUACAAGAUGCCAACCUUUCAACUGGAGAAGUUCGACGACUACACGCAUCAGGACCCGGUGCUUUGGUGGGAAGCUUUCACGACGCAACUGCGGAUUCUGCCUGUCGCCAAGCACGCGUACAUCGGCGCCCUGUUCAUGAACUCGAAGGGCGGAUGCCAAAUCUGGUUAACUCACAUGGCAGCCACCCACGACGUCGACGUCGCAGAUCUGAAGGACAAGAUCACAUGGGAAGAGUUGACACGGCUGUGGAAGAAGCGGUUCAUCGUCGACGACGCACCAGCACUAGCCAUCAACCGUCUCUUCACCAUGUCUCAGGGCAACACAACAACACGUGACUGGCUCACGGAAUGGCAGAAGAUCGCGGCAGUGCCCGAUCUGGACUUACCAUUCACGCAUCUACGCCGUGAGUUAUACAACAGGUCAUGUGUUGCACUGAGCCAAAUACUUGGUGAUCGCGAGCAAUACACCACCUUCGCUGAGAUCAUUGAUAAGGCAAGGGAGAUCAUCAAGACCAACAGGUCAGCUGCACACGAGAAGUCAACGUGGCAGCCAACCUAUGUGGAGAAGGUGAGAACUGGUCCGCGACAGCGGCAGUUCGCUGCAGUCCAAUCGGACAACACUGUGGAAGACCCGGCAGCCACCCAAGCGUCACGUGAGGCGACUCCACCUCCCACUCCGCCAGAUUCGGCCGCCUUGCUAGCGGCCUCCUACACAUCAAGGGAGGAUGCGAAUGUCGCAAGUCCUCGGUACACUUACGAGGAUUAUGCUGUCCACUUGGUCCCACCGCUGGACCAACCGCUCCACGUGCAACACUGUACCGCAUGCACGGUUUCAUCACCAUCGGCAACCGAUUCGGCAGCUUCGCCGUCAUCUACCAUCGGGGAUUCAACGUCAUGGUCAAGACUUGAAGAGCUCGACCCGUUGACUUUUAAGGACUUCCAAUGGAUGCCCCAGCCCCGGUCCGGUCGAUUGCCGAAACCGCAUUGCAAUGUGCUCAAAGCACAAUUGCGGGAUUACUUGCACACUUCAGUACCGACUCCAUUGAUGGACACCGGAGUAGAGGUUGUCGACCUUCACGCCUACAUUGCGAAGAUCGACCGUGAGUUAAAGACGCAACGGUACGACGACAUCGACGCAUCAUUGCUAUAUGUACGCAUUCAGAUCGGAGAGGCGACUUGCAACGCUUUGAUCGAUUGCGGAGCAUCUCGCAACUACAUGAAUCAGGACUUCAUGACGAUCAGAAACGUCGGCCCUCUCCCACGCAUCGACGAUCUUCUCGAGCGAUUGGGCGGCGCCAAGUUCUUCUCCAAGCUUGAUCUCAAGUCGGGAUAUCACCAACUCGAGAUCCGACAGGAGGAUCGCUACAAGACCGCGUUUAAGACGCGAUAUGGACAUUUCGAAUGGCUGGUUAUGCCAUUUGGCCUUAUGAAUGCCCCGACCACUUUCCAAGCGGCUAUGACAAUGGAGUUUCGACACAUGCUGGAUCGAUACGUACUUAUCUACCUCGACGACAUCCUGGUGUACAGCUGGAGUUUGGGGGAGCAUGUGGAACACUUGCGCACCGUUUUGGAGCGGCUACGACAAGCCAAGUACAAAGCCAACCGCGACAAGUGCGAAUUCGCGCGACAGGAGCUGGAGUACUUGGGACAUUAUGUGACGCCGCAAGGCAUCCGUCCGCUUGCGGACAAGAUCGAAGCCCUACGAGUAUGGCCCGAGCCCACCAACACCACGGACGUUCGUUCAUUCAUGGGGUUGGCAGGCUACUAUCAGCGAUUCAUCACCGGAUACUCCAGGAUUGUUGCACCUAUGACGAGGUUACAGUCGCCAAAGGUGCCAUUCGUAUUUGAUGACGACGCACGCUGGUCAUUCCAAGCACUCAAGACGGCCAUGCUCAUGGCACCCGUCCUUAGCAUCUAUGACCCCGUCCUGCCUAUGAGAGUGACUACGAACGCUUCCGGCUAUGGCACUGGGGCAGUCUUGGAACAACACGACGGCGAUGACUGGCACCCUGUGGAGUAUUUCAGCCACAAAGUGCCUCCCAUCAACUCGCUUGAUGAUGCAAGGAAGAAGGAGCUGCUCGCAUUCGUCAUGACUCUCAAGCGAUGGCGGCACUUCCUCCUUGGGCGUCGUAGGUUCACAUGGGUUACAAACAACAAUCCAUUGACCUACUACAAGACACAGGAUACGCGACACUUCAUCCGGGCAUAUGAGUCUGAUCCGGACUUCGCCAUACUGUACGCACAACUAUCUUCGGAUCACCCGCCGGCCAGCCAUUAUCGCAUUGCCGACGGAUACUUGCUCCUCCACUCGAGAGGCAAGGACUUAUUGUGUGUCCCACGAGACUGUCGUCUUCGGACUCGCCUUCUCGAGGAGUACCAUGACUCGCGACUCGCCGGCCAUUUCGGAGUCAACCGCACUAUUGCACGGCUUCGACGACGAUUCCGAUGGCCUGACCUCAUUACCGAUGUCACUCGGUAUUGCGACUCUUACGAAGUUUGCCGACGCAGCAAACCCCGCAACCGCAAUCCCUAUGGCGAGUUACGCCCGAUGCCUAUCCCACGGGAACCCGGUCUCUCCAUUGCCAUGGACGUCACCGGUCCGUUCCCUCGCAACCGGCUCGGGCACGGCGGCAUCCUCACGGUUGUGGACCGAUUGAGUAAGUACGCGCGUUUUCUUCCUUGCAAGUACUACUCCAUGGCUCCCGAGCUGGCGUGCCUCCUGCACACUGGUUGGAUUUGUAGCCACGGUGUACCAGAAGAUAUAGUCAGCGACCGCGACACUCGCUUCAUGUCGGCAUUUUGGACUGCUCUCAUGCAGGAGUCCGGCACAAAGAUGAAACCAGGUUCGGCUCUGCAUCCACAGACGGACGGGCAAACGGAGCGGGCACAUCAAACCGCUCAAGUGAUGCUUCGUACGCUCAUCCGUCCGGACCAGAAAGAUUGGGCUGACCGCCUCCCCGACAUCGAGUUCGCCUACAACACUUCGGUGCAUCCGGCGAUCGGCAUGACUCCAUUCGAGUUGCACCACGGUGGACGGAAAGGCCGGAUCUUCGCCGACCUUCUCCUCCCUCAACCAGCCGACAUUGACGCUGCUUGCUCUCCCGCUUCCAUCCGGAAGUAUAGGGAAUUGCUGACUCAAGCCCGCACGAACAUGCAAAAGGCUCAAGUCCGCAUGCAGCAGCAAGCCAACAGGCGUCGCGUACCAUGUCUCAUCCGCAUUGGUGAUCUGGUUUGGGUCUCCGCGGAAGAGUUUGCACUGGAACAGGAUGUUUCACGCAAACUGCUUCCUAAGUGGUUUGGACCAUGGUCUGUGACAUCAGCUGCAGGCGAUGAGCCCGAUGGCCCUUCAUUUGUGAUCAACAUUCCCGAGCAUCUGACGGUCCAUCCAGUCUUUCACGCCUCGAAGCCGGUAACAUACACGCCAGCUAAGAGCGACGACUUUUCGGGCCGACGAUCGCAGGACCCUCCAUCUAUGGAUGGUCAUCAGGAGGUUGACCGCGUCAUCUCGGAUCGCAAGUACGGCAGCAAGCCGCGACAGUACAAAGUUACAUUCAAAGCAUGCGAUCCCGAUGACACUCGGUGGAUUUCAGGAGCAGAUUUGAAAGCAUCCGCACCGCUGAUCUACGCUCACUACGGGCGACAAAGGUUAGCUAAGGGACCUCCACGACCUGCCCCUCCCACCCGGACUGUGGUCCCUCCCUCAGACAGACAGCUUCGCCCUCGCAGGUAAGCUCGGUCUUUCAAGGAGGGGGGGGUGUGGCAUACUGCGUAGCCACACGGGC